CAACUGCUGCGAGAUUUCCUCCUUCGCUUUGGCAGGAUGAGCAACAGUGGAAUAAAGGAAUUGCUGGAGAUUAACCAUGGGCAGUUGGUGGAAUCUCUCAGUCAACAUGCCAACAGUGUCAUUGAAAAGGCCAGGACCAUCCUCAACAGGGAGGAGCAGGAGCUUGUCGACAGCCAAGGGACCAAUGAGGAGAAAAUCUCAAAGUUGUUAAAGAGACUGUUUACUAAAGAUAAUGACACCUGCAAGGGUUUCAUUCAAUGGCUGAUCAUCACUAUGCCCUGUGAUUCAUUCCCCAUGUGUCUGGAGAGCUCACUAAUGGCAGCUGGAGAAGACAACACCCAAGAUUUGUUACAUCUGCAACAGAACGUUGCAUCCACAGAAGGCAUUGCUGAAUCUGCGACGCAAACACAAGUCAAAUCAAGUGCAAAUGACAGUGAGGGAAAUCAAAGGAAAGUUACUUUACGGAGAGGAAGCAAACGAUCUUCAUGCCAAGUAGAGAACACUCAUCCUAUUGGAGUGAAAAAAGCAAAAACCGGUAAUUACUGGAAAGCAGUAACCUGCAAAUCAAGUAUCACAACCAAGUUAACCCAAGCUGUGUUAAACGCAGACCCCGAAGAAGUGGACCAAACACUACACCAGUCAGGAGAAGAAUAUUUGAACCUGCCAGCAAUUUCAGAUUCUGCUGAGGAUUACAGAAUGUUAAUGAGGAAGACUAUCUCACAGAAAUACGAAGCCAGCAAUACAAAAGAAGAAAAAAGGAAACAAGUAACCCUCGCCCAGACUUUUCGGAGUCUAAGCAUGAAGGACAGAAAUGUGACCAAACUCAAGGAGAGAAUAGAUGCUAGCCGGGAUGAUGUGCUCAGUUCCCAUGGGGUUGAGGAGAAUGAGGACACAGUCACAAACUUAGCAGAGUUUCUCAACAAAAAACUCAUAUCUGAUUGUAAAGUCAAUAUCCUGCUUGGAAAAGCAGGAACUGGGAAGACCAAGUUGGUGCACAAGAUUUGCUAUGAGUGGACUAGAGGGGUUGUCAGUCAAUUCCAGUAUGUAUUUUUAUUUGAGUUUCGUCAACUGAAUCUAAUCAAUAGGAGCAUUGAUCUGAAAACUAUGUUAUUCGAUUUGUUCCUUAAACCAGAAAGGAACGCCCAUGCUGUAUUUAGAUUUAUAGUCAGAAACCCGCAGAUGGUUUUGAUUAUUUUUGAUGGCUUUGAUGAGUUUGCUGAGAAAGCCUCUGUCUGCACCUCUGUUGUUUCCAGCAACCCCAAUGCACAACUAUCUGUGGGACAGUUAUUUUCCAGCCUGUUUAUUGGGAAGAUGCUCCCUGGAUGUACAGUUCUCAUAACUUCCAGGCCCAAAGACAUCCUCUGCUUGCCUCUGGAUGUUGUGGGACAUGUGGGGGAAGUCUCAGGGUUUAACCAGUGUAAAAUUAAAGAAUAUGCCAGUCACUUCUUUGAAGAUACUGAGCACAUUUGUAAGGCAAUCUCUCACCUAGAGAAGAAUAGGAAGAUUUUAAACAUGUGCUACAUCCCUGCCUUGUGCUGGGUUGUUUUCCUUUGUCUUGAGCACUUGUUAUCUCAAAGCCAGUUAGAACCCAAGCUACCUCAUACAAUGACACAAUUCUACAUCAAGAUGCUUACAGUUUUUUUAAGCAAGGGUGCCAAGAGUACAGAGGCCUAUGGACAGAUUGAAAACAUGCUGCUAAAUGAAUACAGGGAAGAGAUUCAUGGGUUGUGCAACCUUGCAGUAAAGGGGCUCCAGGAGAGUAAGUCUGUGUUUUAUUUAAAAGACCUUCUUUCUGAGAAGGUCACCAUGUUUGCUUCCUCAUUUGGAUUUCUUUCCACUUUUGAAGUGAAAACUAUUGACCAUAACCAAGAGAAUGGGUAUGCUUUUGUCCACCUGACACUGCAAGAGUUCCUGGCUGCACUUCAUCAGAUGAUUGACAACCAGACAACAGACCAAAUGUUAAAAAGCAAGUUUUACCUGAAAUCAAAAUGGACGUGGAGGAACGAUGCAAAGAAUGAGUUUACCGAUACCGUCCACAUAUUUCUGUCUGGCUUAGCUUCAAAAAGGUGUAAGCAGUUCCUUAGCAUCCUGGCAAACAAGAAUGAGAUGUGGAUACAAAAAAAGCAGAAGGCCAUCUUACUGAACCUGCGGAAGUUGGCCACCACCAACCUAACUGGGCCAAAAAUCAUUGAACUGUGCCACUGUGUGUAUGAGACGCAGAACUGUGAUCUGGCCCGGGACGUUGCGGCACAGUUAAGGUACAAGUUUGAGCUGCGAAACUUCAGGCUUACGCCAGCGGACACGACGGUUUUAACUUUUGUUAUAAAUAACGGGACCAGCUGUGCAUCUGUGGAUAUUGGAGGUUGUGCCCUGGAUCUAGAAUGUGUUACAGUCUUGGGCACCUGCAAGAACUUAGAAACUUUAGUGUUCAAAAGCAGGAAAUAUGAGGACAAAUUUGCUCAAACGUUAUCUGAAGCCAUUCCUAAAGUCAACAGCCUGAAGAAGCUUAUCCUUACAUCUUGCAGUAUUGGUGUGAAGGGAGCAAGCCCCUUGACUUCUGCACUGGGAAUCUGUCAGCAACUGGAAGAAAUAAACUUGCACGAUAAUGAGCUGGGGGAUGCUGGGAUAGAGAUGGUCGUUAACAUGCUCCCUCGAAUGGCCAAGCUGAGAAAAAUCGAGUUAGGUGGCAAUAACAUCACCGUUGAGGGUGUCCUUACUAUUGCAAAUGUUUUAAGGACCUGCUCAAAUAUCCUGGAUAUCCAAGUCAGUGAUGGUGGGAAUGUGGCAACAAUUAGAUUUCUAACAGACUCAACAAUCAGUCCAGUGGACAGGCCUUCCAUGUCCUUGUCACCUCCUAUGGAAUCUGAAGGCAGUCAGGAGGCAGUUCUGAGGAAACUCAGUCUGGUGAAGUGCAAAUUAACAGAGCAGCAUAUGCAUUCUCUCUGCAAAAUCUUGCAGCAUGGUCCUCAGCUGGCAUGUAUCGAUUUGUCUGGCAACGAAUUGGAAGACCACGGUUUAAGAAAACUUGUCGAGUUCCUUCCAGAAUUUCACAUUUCCAAAUUAAUUAACCUCAGCAACAAUGGCUUCUCUGAAUCCGGUGUUCUCUGCUUGGUAACAGUCCUGAAGAGAUACCCGAAUGUGCUGGAAAUAAAAGUGAGCCUGAAAUGUCACCAGACAGUAUUAAUUAAGUUUACAGAGCACUGUGAAGGCACUGAUUGCAGAGAUGAACUGAAUACCCAGCUGAUGGAUUUUAGGUUGAGCAGCACUGGAGAUUCAAAGACCAUGUCUACACUGUUGAGAAAACUAAGUCUGACCAGCUGUCACUUUCAACUGGAGCACUUGGAGGAAUUGGGCUCCACACUUGAGCACUGCAAUGAUCUGGCAGAACUAGACUUAUCUGAUAACGCUCUUGGAGACAGAGGAUUCAGCAAGUUAGUUGAGUUGCUACCGAAGCUGCGUGUUGGAAGGCUCAUCAAUGUCAGUAGUAACUUCAUCACAAUGACUGGAGUCCUUUGCUUGGCUAAAUGCAUGAACAAGAUCAAAAACAUAACAGAGGUGGCAAUAAGUUUGGGGAAGAGUGGAAAAGGAUUAAUCAGGUUCCAUGGGGAUCGCAGGUUUCACAAGAAAAGAGAAUUACAAGAAAUCUUGUUCAAAGAUAAAUGUGGAAAGCAAAGUUUACAUCUUCCAAAGAAAAUAAGCAUUGAAGAGUGUGAAAUGGAUGGUGAGGCCAUGAGAAAGCUCUGCUUGAUCCUUAAAACAUGUUCUGCACUUACAGAGCUUGACUUAUCAAAUAAUGCACUGAGUAACGAGGCUAUUGCAGAGUUGUUGCAUCACCUCCCACAUCUACAGGACUUGGAGACUUUGAAUAUCAGUGAUAACAGCAUCCCGUCAGACACUGUUCUUCUGCUGGCCCAGUCUCUGAACAUCUGUGAAAAUGCUCAGAAAGUUGAAGUGAGAUCAAGUGGGAGAGCUUCAAUAAACUUCAUGAAGAAGUGCUGCAGACUUGAAGGAAACAGGAAGAAAGCAGAACCUCUGUGCUCAAGGAUUCUCAGCCUGAGGGAGUGUAACCUGCAUAAAAUGAGUGUGGAACAACUCUUCAAGAUUCUUGAACACUGCAAGAACCUGGCAGAAGUGGACUUGUCCUGCAACUUACUUAAAGAUGAAGGAUUGCAGAGUCUGCGAGACUUCUUACCAAAGCUGCCUUUUUUGAAACUAUUGAAUGUUAGCAACAACAGAAUCUCCCCAACUGGUGUUCUGUACCUGGUGGAAUCUCUCAAUAUAUGCAGGAAUGUGGUGGAGGUUGAAGUGAGUUUGGCAUCAAAUGGAAUAUCACUUCUAAAAUUUGCAAAGAGAUGUGAAAAAAAGGUGUGCAGCGUGAAGGAAUGUAACUUGAAAGAGAAAGACCUGUUGAAUUUCUUCUCCAUUGUUGAACGGUGCACCCAUUUGACAGAGUUAAAGCUCACCAGCAACAUAAUGGGGGAUGAGGAUCUGAGAAACCUGGUGGAUGUCGUGGGCAACCUCAAAUACCUAGAGGAACUCAAUCUGCAGAAGAAUGGGAUUUCUCUCACUGCUGUUGAAAACCUUUUUGUGGCACUGAAUUAUUGUCCUAAAACAUUAACAGUAAGGUUUGAAGAGCAGUGGAUACAUGGUGCAGAUGCUGCUAACCUUGUGGUGAAGUGUGUCCAAACCCAUCUGAACAUUGCAGAAAUUAGGAUAAAGAAGAACCAAGCCUCAAUAAGGCUAACGGACAAUGGCUGGCGAACCUCUGAUGGUACCAGAAUGGACAGUGCAGUGUCCUACCCUUCCCUGAGGUUAAUCAGUUUGCAACAGUGUGGAAUCGAAGUGCCCCACCUUCUACACCUUUCGUCCAUCAUUAAACAAUGUCCCAGUCUAAUGGAGCUCCAUUUGUGCCAAAAUAACUUUGGUGACAAGGGGGCAGAAAUACUGGCUGAAAUCCUUCAGGUUGUCCGGGGACUGAGGAAACUCAGUCUGGAAUCUACCAACAUGAGCAGCACUGGGAUGGUGUCACUAACGGCAGGACUUUGUAAAUGCCGCAGCCUUGAGGAGAUAAACUUGUCACACAACGAACUGGGAGAGGAGAGUGCCAGUGAACUGGGAAAAGUCCUUCUGGGCCUGGAACAGCUGAGGAUAAUCAAUUUGCCCAGAAUGACUGCAGCUGCCGGCUUGAUGGAGACAAAUGCGUUGGCAAGAGGACUCAGUAACUGCACCAGCCUGGAAGAGAUAAAUUUGGACUCCUUACCGCUCAAAGACAGCGGAACACAGCUGUUGGCCGAAGGGAUACCAAGAAUGACAUAUUUGAAAAGAUUAAAUCUGAAGUCUAACUUCAUUGGUUGCAAAGGGGCAGUGGAGCUGGCAAAUGGACUGAAAUACAGCACUAUGAUGGUAGAAAUCAAUUUGAGUGACAACUAUAUGGAGGAUGUGGGAGCAAUGAAGAUUGCUGACGUACUGCCCCUUAUGAAGAGUUUGACGAUACUGAACCUGACGCAAAACAACAUCACAGCGAUCGGUGGAGAGAGACUGGCAGAAGCCCUCAGGCUGUGCCCAUCAAUGGAAGGGGUUCACUUGUCGAGGAACAGGAUCGGUGAUCAAACUGCAAAGAAGUUAGCCAAAGCCCUUCCAGAGAUGCCUUGUUUAAAGAUUCUGAACCUUCAUUCCUGUGACAUUGGCGCUGAUGGUGGAUUAAGCCUGGCACAGGGCCUGGUGUUGUGCCCAAACCUCAGAGAGAUAAGCUUGGCUGAAAAUAACAUUGGGACUGAAGGAGCAAUGGAGCUUGCUCUGGCGCUACGAAGCCUGAAGUCUCUAAAGAAGUUGAGCCUUCAGUUGAACAGGAUAGAUAACAGCAUGGCUGAAGAGCUUGCAGCUGGACUUGUAUGCUGUCCCACUGUUGAAGAGGUCAUCUUGUCCUGGAAUAAUAUCAGCGACGAGGGGACAGCGUGGCUGGCUGAAGUACUACCCAGAAUGCGGUGUUUAAAGAAACUUGACCUGGAAGGGAACAAAAUCACACUGGCUGGAGCGGAGAAACUGGCAGCCAGCCUCCAGCAGUGCUCCUCUGUUGAAGUCAUUCGAUUGUGGAAGAACAAUAUACCCAAGGACAGAGCACAGAACCCUUCAGGAACAAGAUUCAGAUUAGAUUUCUCGGUUUACAGCAGUGCUCUAUAACACUGGGAGAUCUUCCAAGUUUAAAAUUCUGUCCUCCAAGUGAUGAACCUCAAUCCCUCUCCUACCCCACCAAAAGGACAGUUUCUCCUCCUCCUUCCUCAGCUGUGCCCAUGAAGUGUUAGUAUUGAUAUUUUUGCACUACUUCAAGCAUGCCCAUUCAUAAUUUUUAGUAUUUAUUAUUUUAUUGUAAGAGUUUUUUGCAUUCCUGUUAUCACAAGCUAUUUUGCAGUUAUGUGAAUAAAAGUCUUGCUUAUUUGUGAAUUUGUCCCUCUUUGUUCUCUCCACUCAGCUUUCACAUUGUGUAUGUGCGGUGGAAUGAAUGAGAGAUCACUGGGUCACUGUAUUUUCUUUAACGGUAGGUCUGGAUGCCUAGUCCUUUCGUGCCUGUACUUCCAAGCACCUUCUUGUGUGGAGCUUGGACCUUCCUUCCUGUGAGAGAUCCUAGACAGCAGGCUUGUUUCCUAGCCAGACUCUCUAGCCCAACAGGUGGUCAACAGACCUGCAGGGAAACGACCACAUGGCGUACACUGUAACCCCAGCUCCUACCACUGCUCGCCAGCUCAGUUGAGUACUGUGUCUGUAAAGUGGAGUUAUCGGUGUCUGGCCAGAAUCUCCUGGACAGAGAUGUCACAUCUAAAUCGGACCCUUUCUGUGUGGUGUUCAUGGAAUCAAUGGGAAAUGGUCAGAGAUUGGAAGAACAGAAACUGCUGUGAACAAUCUAAACCCAGUAUUUGCCAAGAAGUUUGUGGUGGACUAUCAUUUUGAAGAAGUGCAGAAACUGAAGUUUGCCUUAUUUGACCAGGACAAAUCCAGUAAACAGCUUU